CCCACCCCGUUGUCGCCUGACGCAGUCUGAGCCCCCCCUCCUCAACUCAACCCAGCCGGAUCUCCAUUUUCUUCUUUUCCCUGCCAAGGAGCUCUGCCGCACCAGAACCCCAAAAGGCUUAAUCGAAAUGAAUGACGAAUACGACGUAAUCGUCCUCGGCACCGGACUGACGGAAUGCAUCUUAUCCGGGAUCAUGUCGGUGAAGGGGAAGAAGGUGCUGCACAUGGACCGCAACUCUUACUACGGAGCCGAGAGUGCCUCCAUUACGCCUUUGGAGGAUCUCUACGCCCGUUUCAACCUGCCCGGCAAACCUCCCGAGUCCAUGGGAAAAGGUCGCGAUUGGAACGUGGACCUGGUUCCUAAAUUCCUGAUGGCCAAUGGUCAACUGGUCCGCAUGCUGCUGAUCACCCAGGUGACUCGCUACCUGGAUUUCAAAGUGGUAGAGGGCAGCUACGUGUACAAGGCCGGCAAAAUCCACAAAGUCCCCUCCACGGAGUCCGAAGCCCUGAUGUCCAGUCUGAUGGGGAUGUUUGAGAAACGACGCUUCAAGAAAUUCCUGGUCUUCAUCGCCAAUUUUGACGAAAACGACCCCAAAACCUGGGAGGGCAUCGACCCCCACAAGACGACCAUGAAGGGUAUUUUCCAGAAGUACAACUUGGGCAACGAUGUCAUCGACUUCACUGGCCACUCCCUCGCUCUCUACCGCACCGACGAUUACCUGGAUGGUCCCUGCCUUGAAACGAUAAACAGAAUAAAGCUCUACAGCGAAUCCCUCGCCAGAUACGGCAAGAGUCCGUACCUCUACCCCUUGUACGGCUUGGGCGAGCUGCCGCAAGGCUUUGCCAGGCUGAGCGCCAUCUACGGCGGGACGUACAUGUUGAACAAGCCCGUUGAGGAGAUCGUGAUGGAGAACGGAAAGGUGGUUGGAGUCAAGUCGGAGGGGGAGGUGGCCAGGUGCAAGCAGCUGAUUUGCGAUCCCAGCUACUUUAUGAGUCGGACUAUGAAAGUGGGCCAGGUGAUCAGGGCCAUCUGCAUCCUGAGUCACCCCAUCAGCAACACGUCCGACAUCAACUCGUGCCAGAUCAUCAUCCCCCAGAACCAGGUCAACAGGAAGCACGACAUCUACGUCUGCAUGAUCUCGUCCGCUCACAACGUGGCGGCGAAGGGUAAAUACAUCGCCAUCGCCAGCACAACGGUGGAAACGAACGACCCCGAGAAAGAGAUCAAGCCCGCCCUCGACCUACUGGAGCCCAUCGAGCAGAAGUUUGUCAGCAUCAGUGACCAGUAUGCCCCUACCGACGAGGGCACCGAAAGCCAGAUCUUCAUCUCCCGUUCGUACGACGCCACCACCCACUUCGAGACCACCUGCGACGACAUCAAGAACAUCUACCGGAGGAUGACCGGCUCGGACUUUGACUUUGCCGAGAUGGAGCGCGGGAAGAAAGACAUCUACGGCGACGCUGCCGAAUAAGAGACCGCCGCUGCAGCAAGACAAGUCCUCGUUAUCAAAGAUGAACGCUGCCCAUAACUGAAAUAUCACAUUAUAUAGAAAGAAUACCUACUCGAGGGUGGGGGGCACUCGCAGGAAUAUGUGGCGGUCUCAUGGGAAAGUUGAUCAUGUAGAAUAAUGAAAAUAGCAUUGCUGGAUUAAGAGCAGGGAGCGUGCUACUUUUUUUUUUAAUGACUCUCAGAUGGCUGACAUACUGAACAGUGGUAACUAAUAUUGAAUGAUAUUCUACGAUUUGAUGUUAAAACUAAUGCCGGAUCCAAAGAUGCCAAAUAAUGAUCCAGUACAUCAUAUUGUGUUAUUAUUUUGUAGGUGUGGGGUGAGGGGGGGGGUUGACUUGUUCUGUCUUAAAUUGUAUUUCAAACGUGUUUCAGGUAUUUGGUCACAUCAGGUUGGUUUGGUUUGUGAAAACAAAUAGAUGUCACCAACGUUG